AUGACGAUCACGUCAAUAGCAGGAAAGAUACUGCCCGCCCUUGCAACCACAACGGCAGCGGUGAGCGGCCUCGCCUCGCUGGAGCUUCUGAAGCUACUUCAGCCAGACAAGCCGCUCAGCGACUUCCAAAAUGGCUUUGUCAAUCUCGCGCUGCCCCUACUGGCCUUUUCGGCGCCGCUUGCUGCACCUCGGCAUGUGUUUGGUCGGGAGGGCAUAACGUGGACCAUGUGGGAUCACAUCAUGGUGGACGAGGGCCGUGAGAUCACACUCGACGAGCUCCGGCUGCUCUUCUCGCAGAGGUACGGACUCGAGGUCUCGACGGUCGCUUAUGGUGCCUCACUUUUCUACGUCGGUGGCCGGGAGGUGGGGCGGCACGGGCUGCCCUUGUCGCAGCUCGCAAAUGCACUUCCAGGUUAG